AUUAUGCAGCUACAUCCAGGAUGCCGACUGUCUUCUGAUCAUGAUCAAGAGAAGAGUGAUGAGACACAGGUGGAGGAGAGGAUCACAGAGAGGUAGAAAUGGGAAACUGGUGGAUGGGCCACUAGGCACCAUGGAGUGACUACCAUCACUUCUCACAGAUUAGAUAAUCAACAGCCCAAGUAUGGAUUUGAUUUCUCCAAGGCCAAAAGCUACCAAAUUUUCUAGCCAGACUACAGACUUUGUUUUAAGCCAGGAUCUGUUUUCCAGCGGUUAGUGCAAUUAGGUAGGCUGGGAGGAUGUAGACAAGGGCAGUGAGAAAAUCUGGAGCCAGAUAGUGGGAGAAACAGGGGAAAUGAAAAACCCCGUGGGAGGCUGUGGCAAAGGGAGGCAGUGGGGUUUCUCUGACAGCGAAGUCAGCAGGGAGAUUUGUCUGUCUGUGCAGCAAGAGAAGUCAGAUGACAGUGCAAGUGCAUGUGGAGAGGGGUACUGAUAUCUGAGUUCUGAGGGUAGGUGUCCUGCCAAGUCAUCAUUCCUUUACCAGAGCUUCAAUGCUGCUCCUACUCCUCCUCUUCGAAGGACUCUGCUGUCCUGGGGAAAAUACAGCAGUUCCCCAGGCUCUACAAUCCUAUCGUCUAGCAGCAGAGGAACCCCUGGCCUUCCGCAUGCUCCAAACUUCCUCCUUUGCCAACCACAGCUGGGCACACAGUGAGGGCUCAGGAUGGCUGGGCGACCUGCAGACUCAUGGCUGGGACACUGCCUUGGGCACCAUCCGCUAUCUGAAGCCCUGGUCCCACGGAAACUUCAGCCAGCAGGAGCUGAAAAACUUACAGUCACUGCUCCAGUUGUACUUCCACGGUUUUACCCGGGUAGUGCAAGCUUAUGCUGGUCAUUUUCAGUUUGAAUACCCCUUCGAGAUCCAGAUAUCAGCUGGCUGUAGAAUGAAUGCCCCACAAAUCUUCUUAAACGUGGCAUAUCAAGGAUUAGAUUUCCUGAGUCUCCAAGGAAUUUCCUGGGAGCCAUCUCCAGGAGCAGGGAUCCGGGCCCAGAAUGUCUGUAAAGAGCUCAAUCGCUACCUAGAUUUUAAAGAAAUACUGCAAAGCCUUCUGGGUCACACCUGUCCUCGAUUUCUGGCGGGGCUCAUGGAAGGAGGGGAGUCAGAACUGAAACGAAAAGUGAAGCCAGAGGCCUGGCUGUCCCGUGGCCCCAGUGCCAGGCCUGGUCGUCUGCUGCUGGUGUGCCAUGUCUCAGGAUUCUACCCAAAGUCCGUGUGGGUGAUGUGGAUGCGGGGUGAGCAGGAGCAGCGGGGCACUCAGCGAGGGGACGUCCUGCCCAAUGCUGAUGAGACAUGGUAUCUCCAAGCAACCCUGGAGGUGGCGACUGGGGAGGCCGCUGGCCUAUCCUGUCGGGUGAAGCACAGCAGUCUAGAGGGCCAUGAUCUAAUCAUCCACUGGGGUGGAUAUUCCAUCUUUCUCAUCCUGAUCUAUUUGACUGUGAUAGUUACCCUGGUCAUACUGGUUGUACUUGACUCAUGGUUUAAAAAACAGAGUUCAAAUAAGAACAUUCCCUACACACCCAGCCCUGUCUUUCCCAUGGGAGACAACACCCGGGACACCAAGAAUUCAAGACAUCAGUUCUGCUUGGCACAAGUAUUGUGGAUCAGAAACAGACUCUUGGAGAAGUGGAAGACUCGCAUAAAUCAACUCUGGUGAUGUUUGUUUUACCUUAUACGUAAAAUCCUUGCCUGCAUCUUCUUACACAUAGUGCAUGUCCCGUAAGGGAAGCACACUUUUAAACAGCUUGUACUAGCAAAGAUAUUGAUCCCUUUAAAAAUAUUUUUUUCCCUGUCUUCCAGUGAUAUUUUUUUUCCUGCUUUGGCUACAUAUCCAUCAUUGUUGAUUUUUCAAAGUAUAAUCUAGAUGCUUCUUUUUUAUGGACUCCCAGGAUCAUCCAAUUGAGAGCUCUUCCAUACUCCCCAAAUUGAACUGAUCUUCACAGGCACAUUCAUCUCUUCCUACUCGGAAUAAUAGUUAUUUGUUUUUUUUUUUUUUUUAAAUCUCAGUUGCUUGAAAGUAGGAUUUAGGCAUUUGUGUCUGUAUUCAUGACCAAAAACCUUAUCCGAAUUCAGGGCCAGCUUCAUAAGCAUGUGACCUGUGCAGACACAUGGAAUCGUAUGCUCUGAAGGAAACUAUGCUAGAUUUAAUGCUCUGCUGUUGUCAUCUUGGAAUCUUUAAUCAUUUUCAAACAAGAGAUACUGCAUUUUCAUUUUUCACUGACCCCACAAAUUGUAUCGCUGAUUCUGUCUGAAUGUAAUAUUUCUCAAUAAAUGCUGACUGAAAUAAAUUUGUUGUCAGAUCAA